AUGACGUCGUUUAUUGAUAGUCUUGCAGCUAGUGAGAAAACAGCAGUGGUUAUUGAUAUCGGGCAUGCAUAUACAAAAUGCGGCUUUGCAGGUAAUGCUUCGCCACGUCAUAUUGUUCCAACAACAGUUACGAUUCGUGGAAAAACAAAACAUGUUUUUGAAGAGAAUUUAGACAUAACAAGUUUACGUGAUCGUCUUACUGAAUUUAUCCGAUUAGUUUAUUAUAAAUAUAAUAUUGCAAAUUGUCGAGAACGACGUGUUGUCAUUGUUGAAUCCGUAAUUACACCUACGCGUAUUCGACAUGUUUUGGCUGAUAUUUUAUUAAAACAAUUUGAAGCAUCAUCUUUAGCAUUUGUUCCAUCACAUUUAGGCGCUACAUAUACAUUAGGUCGAAGUACAGCACUCGUACUUGAUAUUGGUUAUAAAGAAGCUCAAAUUAUGCCAGUGGCUGAAGGUGUACCAUUAGCAGUUCAAUUUGAUAGUUUAUCAUAUGCCGGUGAAGCUAUUCAUAAACAAAUUCAGUUGUUACUUGAACAACAUGCUUUCGUUAUCCAUCAAGGACAUAAACAAUCGUUUAACGAAGUUAAUCUUAAACUUUCAGAAGAUACUCUCGAAGAUAUCAAAGUUCGUUGUUGUUUUGUUUCUCCAUUUACGCGUGCGCAAAUGUAUGCUAAGACUAAAUUAGGUUCAGAUGAAUCAUUCAAAGAAGCUUCAUCAGUUGAAUAUUCAUUAGGUGCAGAUACAAUUAUUCAUAUUCCAGGCAUUGUUAGAGAAUUCGCCUGUGAAAUUCUUUUUGAACAAGAUAUUGAUGGAAAAUCAGUUGCUACAUUGAUACUCGAUGCUUUAAUUCAAUCAUCUCUUGAUCUUCGUCGACAAUUUGCUGAUAAUAUUCUUGUUAUUGGUGGUACAGCAAUGAUGCCUGGAUUUUUACAUCGACUCAAUUCAGAAUUACUUCAUCUCGUUAAUAUUUCAACAUAUGUAAAUAAGUUAGCAAUAAAACAAUUUCAUUUUCAUCUUCCACCAUCUCAAUUAAAUUAUACGGCAUGGUUGGGAGGUUCUAUUAUCGGUGCUCUUGAUACACUUGAAUCUCAAUCAAUUAUACGUGAAAAAUAUUUAGAAAAUGGAAUUGUACCUGACUGGUUUACAGGCGAACAAGCUGCUUAA